AUGAUGCGCCGAAAAGAGGUUUAUACCAAUAUCACACCCAUCCCCUCAUCCGUACCCCGCCAACUAGCCCUCGACAUCCUACACAGCCACAGCGAAAUAAUCACACUAAACCCACUCGUCAUCUCACAUCAGCCAGUCAAGGCUCCACGCGAUGCAGUCGCCGACGAGUACUACUCAACAUGGUACGAGAUCAUCGAACGAGUACAAUAUCUCCCUGGUCUGGGCAAGAUGGGCUCCGGCAAGAUUAGCUUCAAAGGCUGUUUCCACAACGUCGAAUGGGGACUAGAAACGCACAUGUACGCGCCGAUGGGAAUCGACCUAAAAAGCAAAUGGCGCAUUGCAGGCAACGAAGGCGAAGCAGUCGCUCCACAAGCCGGACUCUAUCUGCGCGAGGAUAUCGAGAUUGAAUGCAACCGCACGCUAAUUUCAUUCGUCAAGACUCAGUUGAAAGCCGCUUCGAAGGUGCUGGUAGAUCGACUGAUUAAGAAAGCGGAGCUUCUUGAUGCGGGUGUUUUGCAGGGUAUGAUGGAAGAUGGGAAAUUGACGACGUAUAAUCCGGCCGAUCGGUCGAGCAGAAUUAUGAGGGGGGCAUCGGUUGCGUCGCGGAGAUCAGAUCAAAUGUCUAUGUCGUCGUCUUCUUGGGCGCCGAGGUCGCCGACGGAGUCGGUGCAGAUGGGACCGAUGUCUCCUGGGUAUGCAUCUCCGGUGCAAUAUGGACAAGAACAUGGUAAAAGCUUUGCUGCGGAACUACCGGCGGACUUUUAUCAUCCGCAGCCUGGUUCUAAUACAUAUCAAGAGUUGCCGGAUACCAGUCGAUAUUCGAAAUCGUCACGGUUGGAUCAGGGGUAUGCUGAGCUAGCUGCUAUGGAAGAGACUUCGGAGGAGCGUAGUGAAGGGGUACAUUGGAAAGGAAAUAGAGCUAUAUAG